GGGGGUGGGCGAGGUCCUGGGGCCGGUGAGGGAUCCGGGGCCAUGCGGGACCCCGGCGCCGGUGCGGCCGCAGCCCCGUGGGCGGGACCCGGCGCGGCCCCGCCCGGCGCAGCGUGGCCAUGGCGGCGGCGGCGGCGCGCGGGGCCCUGGCGGGGAUCCUGCGGCGCUGGGCCCCCCGCGCACUCCCGCUCUGCGGCCCCUCCGCCCGGUGCGUGGGGCACGGCCCGGCCCCGGCCCCGCUCCGGACCCCGCGGCUGCUCAGCGAGAACCGGCCCUGGGCAGGGACCCCCUCGGUGCUCAGCAGUGUCACGCCUCUACUUCCAAGUUUACUCCAGCAGCCAGUGAGGACUCUCACCUACUGCAGCUUACGGAAGGGAAAGAGGAAAAGUGUGAAAUCUGUGGUGAAAAGGUUCCUCCGGCUGCACAAUGGCCUCUGGGUCAGGAGAAAGUCUGGCUAUAAGAAGAAGCUGUGGAAGAAGUCGGCAGCCCAGAAGAAGCGUUUGAGGGAGUUUGUGCUGUGCACGAGGACACAGUGUAAGCUCCUGGAUAAAAUGACCACUUCCUUCUGGAAAAGAAGGAACUGGUACGUUGAUGACCCCUACCAGAAGUACCACGACCGCACGAAUCUUCAUGUGUAGAAAUCUUGGGUUUGCACAUCUCUAGGAAAGGGGAGUGGUCGUGUGGCAUGGCCUGGGUUUUGGAACAUAAAUCUGCAAUGCCUGUACUUUUUAAAAAUAAAUAUGUGCAUACCAGCUGAGCAGAAUUAUGAGAAUCAAUGCCCCAAAUAAAGGAAUACUCGAAUUUA